AUGGAUGGUGGAGGGAAUGGCGAAGGUAGUGAUCUUCUGAAAUCGAAGCCUUCUGCGAAGGCGAAGAAGAGUGGAGGCUUCCAAUCGAUGGGGCUAAGCUAUGAAGUGAUAAAAGGCAUAACGAAGCGGGGCUACAAAGUCCCUACACCUAUUCAACGCAAAACCAUUCCAUUGAUUUUGGAAGGCAGAGAUGUGGUUGCCAUGGCCAAGACCGGAUCCGGUAAAACGGCUUGUUUCCUGAUACCUUUAUUCGAACGUUUGAAGAGGAGAGAUCCGACAAAGGGGGCCAGGGCUUUGAUUUUAUCACCUACACGUGAAUUGGCUGUCCAAACGUACAAAUUUAUUAAAGAGUUGGGGAAGUUCAUGGAUUUGAAAACGAUUUUGGUUUUGGGCGGUGAUUCUAUGGAUUCACAAUUUUCAGCCAUACACACGUGUCCAGAUGUAAUAGUUGCGACGCCUGGAAGAUUCCUUCAUUUGUGUGUUGAAAUGGAUUUAAAAUUGAGCUCCGUGGAAUACAUUGUUUUUGACGAGGCUGAUCGUCUGUUUGAAAUGGGAUUUGGUGAACAAUUAAAUGAGACUCUGCACCGCUUGCCCCAGUCCAGACAAAUGGUUCUGUUUUCUGCAACUUUACCAAAACUUUUAGUUGAUUUUGCCCGAGCUGGCUUAAGCGAUCCGGUACUAAUACGUUUAGAUGUGGAAUCCAAGCUGCCCGAUGCCUUAAGUCUAAAAUUUGUGUAUUGUCGUUCUGAUGACUAUGCUAUGCUAUGCCAAGAUGUCAAGGUAAACGAUUUACCUGGUUUUCCAUCUAUGGAUGGUGGAGGGAAUGGCGAAGGUAGUGAUCUUCUGAAAUCGAAGCCUUCUGCGAAGGCGAAGAAGAGUGGAGGCUUCCAAUCGAUGGGGCUAAGCUAUGAAGUGAUAAAAGGCAUAACGAAGCGGGGCUACAAAGUCCCUACACCUAUUCAACGCAAAACCAUUCCAUUGAUUUUGGAAGGCAGAGAUGUGGUUGCCAUGGCCAAGACCGGAUCCGGUAAAACGGCUUGUUUCCUGAUACCUUUAUUCGAACGUUUGAAGAGGAGAGAUCCGACAAAGGGGGCCAGGGCUUUGAUUUUAUCACCUACACGUGAAUUGGCUGUCCAAACGUACAAAUUUAUUAAAGAGUUGGGGAAGUUCAUGGAUUUGAAAACGAUUUUGGUUUUGGGCGGUGAUUCUAUGGAUUCACAAUUUUCAGCCAUACACACGUGUCCAGAUGUAAUAGUUGCGACGCCUGGAAGAUUCCUUCAUUUGUGUGUUGAAAUGGAUUUAAAAUUGAGCUCCGUGGAAUACAUUGUUUUUGACGAGGCUGAUCGUCUGUUUGAAAUGGGAUUUGGUGAACAAUUAAAUGAGACUCUGCACCGCUUGCCCCAGUCCAGACAAAUGGUUCUGUUUUCUGCAACUUUACCAAAACUUUUAGUUGAUUUUGCCCGAGCUGGCUUAAGCGAUCCGGUACUAAUACGUUUAGAUGUGGAAUCCAAGCUGCCCGAUGCCUUAAGUCUAAAAUUUGUGUAUUGUCGUUCUGAUGACCGGUAUACAACAUUGGUAACAUUGCUAAAAUAUGUUAUACCACAAAAUGCACAAACUGUAGUAUUCGCCGGCACACAACACCAUGUCGAACUAAUUUCAUUUAUUCUUACUGGAUGUGGCAUAACCAAUACCUCUGUGUAUUCUAGUUUGGAUCCAUCGGCUCGUAAAAUAAAUACUGCAAAAUUUGUCAACAAAAAAGUAUCAGUACUGAUUGUCACUGAUGUAGCAGCUCGCGGCAUUGAUAUUCCUAGUUUGGACUAUGUCGUAAAUUUGCACUUCCCUGGUAAACCCAAACUGUUUGUGCAUCGCGUAGGUCGUUGUGCUCGCGCUGGCCGUACUGGCACAGCGUUUUCAAUAUUUUCCAUGGAAGAUGCAGCUCAUGUUUUGGAUUUGCACUUGUUCUUAAAUCGCGAAUUCAAUAUUAAUGAUUCCAAAGCAAUUGGUACCGUUCCCCAGGAGUUACUUGAAGAGGAACAUCUCACAGUGAUGGAAAUAAAAAAGAAUCAUAAUAUUAGCGGAGUAUUGCGAACAAGUGAAAAUGCUUACAAAAAGUAUUUGUCUUCGAGGCCAGUGGCAUCUACAGACUCAAAUGCUCGAGUUAAAAAAUUAAAAUUCUUUGCCCUAAAACCAUUGACGGAUUUUAUUGAACAGGCCAUACCAAAAUUAGCAGAUGCUGCCCAGUCGACAAGCAAAAAAUCUGCCGAAGAAAUAGCCGAAGAAGAGCGUAGAUUACAAGAACAAAAACACGAUUUACUUUUGCAGAUGAAAAGCUUUAAGCCUCAUAAUACAAUAUUUGAAUUAAAUAACAGCCAAAAGUCGGUGCCUUAUCAGAUUAUGAAGGCUAAACGUUCACAACAUUCGGAAGUUAUCGAAAAAUAUCGAUCUAAAAUGGAGGAAUUAGACAAAGAGGAAGAGGUCAAACUGGCAGAGAAAUCGAAACCACAAAAGGAAAGUAAACAGUCUGAAGAUGCCGAUGAAGAAGAGAUCAAUUCAGCGUUCAAAAAAGUGGUUGCACCCAAAAAGCGCAAAAAUAUGGAUGACCUGUACACAGAGAAGCCCAAAAAGAAAAAGAAGUCUAAAACAAAUGUAAAGGAUUCCGAAAAUUUCAUACCAUAUCAGUCUGCCGACAAACACACUGAAGACGGUCUGGCCAUUAAUAAUUUCGAAAGGCAAGCAAUGAAAGCUGAAUUCUCAGUUAUCGAUCGUGAAACGAAUGAAGUUCGUCAUAAGCCUGGCAUGAAAAAGUGGGAUCGCAUAAAGAAGAAAAUGGUUGCCGUGCAAGAUCCCAGGGCAAACAAGAUUCGUACCGAAUCUGGUGCUUGGAUUCCAUCGUCCUUUAAGACUGGCCGUUAUACGGAAUGGAAGGAGAAAACUAAAAUCGAGGAACAACUGGCCAAAGAAGCUGGCAGUGAUGAUGACACCUUCAAGCCUCUGUCGCACGAACAACGGUACCCUGUCAGCAGACAUGCCCGACACAAUGCCAAAGUUGAAGCCAAGAAAAGAGCUGGAGUGGGCGUUGACAAAGAGUUGCGUACUCCCGAGCAAAUUGUCAAGUCUCGCAUGCGCCUUGAGUUUAUUAAGAAGCGUAAUGCAGAGAAUACUGAGCGGAAGGCAGAGAAUCGUAAGAGAAGUAUGCGCAAGAGCCAGAGACCUGCAAUGGCAUCCAAAAUGAAAAAUAAGAAGAAGUGA